CUUACCUCACUCCCCUGAAACACCGUUUUCAAUUUCCUGUCAUCAAAGGAAGCGCAGAGAGGUCCUUUCUCAUGACCUUUUUAAAUAGCUAAAAAUCUCCCCCAAAGAAGAAAAACCCAAAACUUUCACGCUCAUUUUCUCUUUGGAUUCUUUUCUCUGUUUUCUUCCAUGGAAGCUCUGAAUUUUCUGAGGUUUUGGAAACACGGUCACGGGGUUCAUAAAGUGAACCAAGCCCAACAUUGUAACGGUAACGCCACCGCCAAGUUUUUCGAUCAUGUGUUCGAUGAAGGUGACGACGCUUUCAUCGACUUGGAAUUUCCUUUGCGUGAGGCCGAAGAAGAUAAAGGGAAUGCUAAGAAUGCUGAAGCUUGUUCUUCGUCUCCCAAUGAUCAUUUCUCGAAAAGGAAGAUUUUGCCGGUCGAGCCAGUCUCCAAACCUCAAUCGCCCAUCGCUCUGUUGAAAUCGGCCCAGAAAUUUCGAGUCUUUCAUCACAGGAAGCCGAAAGCAGAGACCCCGAAGCACGAAAAGCACGGCGGAGGCGGCGGCCAUUUCGCCAGAGAAAGCAGUUUGCGGAGAACAGACGGCGAAACCGACGAUUCCUCGAAGAAAUUAUCCAGGGACCUGGUGCACAAAUACUUGAACGUAAUCAAGCCGUUGUACACAAAAAUCUCCAAGGUAGGAAUCUCCAGUGACUCGACAAUGUUAUUUCCGGCGGCUUCUCCGGCGACGGUGUAUUCCACAAAGGAGAAACAGGGGAAUACUAGAGGUGUUUAUAAGCAUAUGGGGAAGAACAAAUCAUCGUCAGCUGCAGCAUCGCCGAUUAACAUGAGAGAUGAUUCCUUGCUUCUACAACAUGACGGGAUCCAAAGCGCCAUUUUGCAUUGCAAGAGAUCUUUCGAUUCACCAAGAGAUUCUUCAUGGUUGUCAAGAUGCACAAGUGAUUCUUCAUCACAGGAUAAACUAAGCAAUGCUUCUUCAACAGAUUCUUCCAUGUUUUCACGAGCUACACCAUUUCCGCCAGAACAUCCAGCGAAGAACAUAGACUCUGACCUUCAAUAUCAUAACGAUGUAAAAAUCUGA